AUGUUCAAGUCCGCUAGACUUUCGUCGCCUUUGGCGCAGAAAUUCAUCGCCUCUGCCGUCGGUGUUUCUGGUUUGACUGCCUCGUACGCCUUGUACCAGGACAGCGUGACCGCCAGCGCCAUGACAGCCGCCGAGCAUGGCUUGCACCCCCCUGCUUACGGGUGGUCGCACAACGGCAUGUUCUCGACAUUCGACCACGCGUCCAUUAGAAGAGGCUACCAGGUGUACAAGGAGGUCUGUGCGGCGUGCCACUCCAUGGACAGAAUUGCCUGGAGAAACUUGGUGGGUGUUUCGCACACUGCCAGCGAGGCCAAGGCGUUUGCCGAGGAGUUGGAGUACGACGACGAGCCGGAUGACGAGGGUAACCCAAGAAAGAGACCCGGUAAGUUGGCCGACUACAUCCCAGGCCCAUACCCCAACGAGCAGGCUGCCAGAGCCGCCAACCAGGGUGCUUUGCCCCCUGACUUGUCGUUGAUUGUCAAGGCCAGACACGGUGGCUGCGACUACAUCUUCUCGCUUUUGACCGGCUACCCCGAGGAGCCUCCUGCAGGUGUGGUGAUGCCCCCAGGAUCGAACUACAACCCAUACUUCCCCGGUGGCGCCAUUGCCAUGGGCAAGGUGUUGUUCGAUGACUUGGUUGAAUACGAGGACGGCACGCCUGCCACGGCCUCGCAGAUGGCCAAGGAUGUGUCCACCUUCUUGAACUGGUGCUCUGAGCCAGAGCACGACGAAAGAAAGAAGUGGGGUUUGAAGGCCAUCAUUGUGACCUCCUCGUUGUUCUUGUUGUCUGUCUGGGUCAAGAAGUUCAAGUGGCAACCAAUCAAGAACAGAAAGUUUACGUUCAACCCUCCAAAGAAGUAA